AUGGCUCCCGUAGUCAGCAUCGCACUAGCCGGGCUGGCUGCUACCUACGUUUUCCUCCGUGUGCUGCUCAACCUGACCCAGGAUGCGAAGGAACCGCCCGCCAUCUUAACGGGUAUUCCCUUCGUCGAGCCCUUGAUUGGUAUGAUCCGGGAGAAGUCGCGUUUCCAUACGCGUCUGAGGGACACCACCCGGCUACCCAUCUACACGCUACGGCUCCCAUUCCAGCGCAUCUACGUCGUCAACGCCACGUCCCUGAUCCCCCUCCUCCAAAAACAAUGGCGCCUCAUCAGCUUCGCAUCCAUCGCCGCUGACGCGGGCGCCGUCGUCGGCAUGAGCAAGCCCGCCCUCGAGGUGAUGAGGCGUGACCUAGACAGCGAGCACGGCUUCAGCCCCAGCUGGCCCAAAUACAUCAUGCCGGCCAUGGCGCCCGGCCCCGACCUCGACGCCAUCAACCGGCCGCGCCAUCGAGGUUCUACGUCGCCGAGCUCGCCGCCCUGCGCACCCCCGGCACCACCACCACCACCGUCAACCUCGCCGCCUGGUCACGCCGCAUCAUGGUCACCUCCACCUCCGAAGCCGCAUCCUUCUUUUUUACCCACCCUGCACCGCGCGCGCGAGGUCGCCGCCGCCGCCAUGACGCAGUACAUGGUCUCGGGCGGGUGGCGGACGGGGUCGGGGCUGGUGCGCCGGCGCGUCGAGCACCACGCGGACCUCUUCGGCCUCGGCCUCGCCGACGUCGGCCGCGGCGAGCUGGGCAACGCCUUCGCUGUGCUGGGCAACACCACGCCCUGCGCGUUUUGGGUGCUGUUCCAGCUACUGUCAGAUCCGCGCGUGCUGGGGGACGUCCGCCGCGAGCUGGAAGCUCUGGUCGUCGUGCGGGAGGAAGUCGAUGAGGAGAGUGGUGGUCGCGUUAGUGUUAGCACGAUCGAUCUGGCGGCGGUAAGGGAGGCGUGUCCCGUGCUGAUGAGCGCGUUCCAAGAAACGUUGCGGUUCCGUGCUGUGAAUGUGGGUCCCCGCGUGUUGUUGAAGGAUGUGUGGAUUGAUGAGGGCCGGGUGUUGUUGAAGAAGGGCGCGAUGUUGAUGGUUCCAGCCGCGGUGCAGCACACGGAUAGGGAGGCGUGGGGAGAGGAUGCGGCCGAGUUUGACCAUCUGCGGUUUGUGCCUGCGUCGGCGGGGAGGGAAAAGAGGAGGAAGCCGAAUCGGGUUGCGUUCCGGGCAUUUGGUGGCGGCCAUGUGCUGUGUCCUGGGCGUCACUUUGCUAGUACCGAGAUCUUGUCGUUGGCGGCGUUGUUGGUCCUGCAGUUUGAUGUGGUACCGGUUGCGGGCCGCUGGGUCGAGCCGACGUGGGAGAACUCGCCUGCCCAGGCGGGCUUUCCUAUUAUUGAUCAGGAUAUCCCCGUUGAGUUGCGUCCCCGAGGCCCGCAGCGGAAGUGGAAGGUUGUGUACUCGGGCACAGACAAGGCGAUGGAUAUUGUGUCGGAGGAUAUCGCGGCUGGGGGUAGGGGGGCCCUCUGA